AUGGCAAGCCAAAAUUGCCCACAUCCAAGGCUUCUCCUUAUUAUAAGCCUCACCUGUAGUCUUGUUAUUAGCUGCCAUGGCACACCUGAAACAGAUAGAAAGACAUUUAUUGUGUACAUGGGUGACCGUCCAAAGGGUGAUUUUUCUGCAACAGCUUUUCAUACCAGCAUGCUACAAGAGGUUGUUGGCAGUGGUGCAUCAGAUUUUUUGGUCCACAGCUAUCACAGGAGCUUCAAUGGCUUUGUUGCUAAGUUGACUGAAGAGGAGAAGCAGAAACUGGAAGGUAUGGAAGGUGUGGUGUCUGUGUUCCCUAGUGAAAAGAAGAAACUCCAUACAACACGGUCCUGGAACUUCAUGGGUUUCCCCUUGAAUGUUACAAGAUCAACUUAUGAAAGUGACAUCAUUAUUGGAAUGCUCGACACAGGAAUUUGGCCUGAGUCUGAAAGUUUUAAUGACAAAGGAUUUGGUCCACCUCCAACCAAAUGGAAGGGCAUUUGCCAAGGAUCCUCCAAUUUCACAUGCAACAACAAAGUAAUUGGAGCUCGAUACUACCACAGCGAAGGAGAAGUAGGUCCAGGAGAAAUUGCUUCACCAAGAGAUUCAGAAGGCCAUGGGACCCACACUGCAUCAACAGCGGCAGGGGACGUAGUUAGCCAUGCAAGCUUACUAGGCGUUGCUUCAGGGACUGCUCGAGGAGGCCUUCCCUCUGCCCGUAUAGCUGUGUACAAGAUAUGUUGGUCUGAUGGCUGUUCAGAUGCUGACAUUCUUGCAGCAUUUGAUGAUGCUAUUGCUGAUGGAGUUGAUGUAAUAUCUCUUUCAGUAGGAGGGUGGCCUCUGGACUAUUUUCAAGAUUCAAUUGCCAUUGGAGCUUUCCAUUCAAUGAAGAAUGGUAUUCUCACAUCCAAUUCUGCUGGUAAUUCAGGUCCUCGAUCUGAAAGUGUCUUAAACUUUUCACCUUGGGCUCUUUCUGUUGCUGCAAGCACCAUAGACAGAAAGUUUGUAAGCCAGGUGAAGCUAGGUAAUGGAGCAAUUUAUGAGGGACUCUCAAUAAAUACUUUCGAUCUUGGAAAUACUAUGUACCCUAUCAUCUAUGGUGGAGAAGCACCAAACCAAACUGCAGGAUAUGAAGGGAUCUCUUCCAGGUUGUGCACCUCAGGCAGCUUGAACAAGACUCUGGUGGAAGGGAAAAUUGUUCUGUGUGAUGCUGCAACAAUUGGGAGUGGAGCCAUAGCUGCUGGUGCAGUUGGCUCCAUAAUGCAAAAUGGAUUUUUCAAAGAUUUGGCCAGUAGUUAUAUUUUACCGGCUUCCGUAUUAAGAAUGAGUGAUGGAGCUGAUAUUUUGCAGUAUCUAAACUCGGCUAGCAGUGAGCCAACUGCAACAAUAUUGAAGAGCAUCGAAAUUAAGGAUGAAUUAGCCCCAGCUGUGGUUAUAUUUUCUUCAAGGGGGCCCAAUCCAUUAACAAGGGACAUUCUGAAGCCUGACCUAACAGCUCCUGGAGUGGACAUUUUAGCAGCAUGGUCUGGAGCUUCUACUGUGACAGGAUAUGAAGGAGAUAAUAGAUUUGUUCAAUACAACAUAAUCUCUGGCACAUCCAUGUCUUGCCCGCACGCAUCUGGUGCAGCAGCUUAUGUCAAGUCAUUUCACCCAACAUGGUCUUCUGAUGCAAUUAAGUCUGCUCUAAUGACAACAGCAUAUCCCAUGAAUCCUGACAAAAACCCAGACGCAGAGUUUGCUUAUGGAUCAGGUCACAUAAAUCCUAUUAAGGCCACAGAUCCAGGUUUAGUAUAUGAUGCUGGAGAGAUAGAUUAUGUUAAAUUUCUAUGUGGACAAGGGUAUGGCACUAGACAACUUCAACUUGUCACUGGAGAUCAAAGCGCAUGCUCUGCAGAAACCAAUGGAACUGUUUGGGAUCUGAAUUACCCUUCUUAUACUCUAUCUACCAAGUAUGGGGAAUCUAUAACUCGCACUUUCCAAAGAACUGUCACAAAUGUUGGGUCACAAAUAUCUACUUACAAGGCAAUUAUAAAUGCACCAGCAGGACUUAAAAUUCAGGUUCAACCAAGUGUUCUUUCCUUCCAGUCCCUUGGGCAGAAACAAUCUUUUGUUGUGACAGUAGAAGCUACAAUGAUCAAAACUAUGAUCUCUGGUUCUUUGGUUUGGGAUGAUGGGUUGCAUCAAGUGAGAAGUCCUAUAGUGGCACAUGUUACCUAUCCUUGAUUAAAGUUUGAGAA